AUGGAUUUUGUGGAUUCCUUUAAUUUAGAUUCAGCACACGCAAAAUGUAAUCGUGUACGGUCAUGGUACUUGUACGAACAGUACAGAUCGUUGGAGAAGAAUCAACUCGACGCUGCUCAGAGAUUGAAGGAUAAAUCCUAUCAAGAUAAGAUAUUGAGACAGGAACUGAGCGAGAGGCGAGCACGGCGCAGGCUCUGCGAUCAAUUUGGAUUUUGUCAGAGUGAAUCUAGGCUAGACAAAAGCAUACGAAGUAUGCCAUCCAAUGCAUUUUUAGGUGACGACGAACUUUUUGAGAGUUUUUGUGAACUUCGCGACGAAUAUGAAUUGGCAAACUACGAAGAUACUAAUAGCCACAAUUCAGAAACAAGUAAAGAAUUUGAAGAUUUCAAAAGUACUGAGGCAACAAUAACUUUCAGACCUGAUGCUAAUAAUGGUGUUAAAAUUCUCAAAGUUGAUAAAGUGGAUGACAAUAUUAAAGAUGAAUUGGAGAUUGUGAAGAAGAAUAUUGCUGAAAAUAUUACCUUACAACUGGAAACUGUUAAAGAGAACAUAGAAUGCUUGCAAAAAUACGCUAAACUUGAAGAUGACGAGGAAAUACCAGAUGCAGACAUUACAGUGAUUAGUCCUUUGAAAACCAAUGUUGAUACGCUUAAUAACGAAUUGAAGAAAGAUCAUGAAAAUAGCGUUAUAAAGAUGUGGUCAAAGUUUGUCGAUUUCGCUUACAAAAUCAUUCUAUUAAAUCGUGGUAACUGUUACUACAACUACAGUUCACAACUUCUCACAGCUGUGUUGGCGUGCGAUGUUCUUUUUCGUGGAGUCAGCAAGAUAUGUAAUAUUUUGCAGCCUUACGUUUCACCAAUUAAGUAUGCUGCUAGUGAUUCAGAUACCUCUUUGAGAAGUAAUAAAAGAACGAAGCGAAAAAAAUCAGUUAAUCAAGAAUUUUUUUGUAAACCUAGUUGCAAUAACAAGCUUUUUUCAGCUGAUAAAAAUAAAGAAAAAAAGAGAAAUCUUGAUAGAAAAUACCACUCGGAAAAUAAUUGGUAUAGCUGUUGUAGAAAUUGUUAUGAAAACUAUAUUGAUAAAAUAAAGUAUCGUGGUACAAGUGAACCUCUUAAUCGCACUAAUAAUUUUACAAGCGGAAAGAAAUACACCGACAAAUUUUAUAAUAAAUGGCCGGCAAGAUCUGUCAGGGGCAAAUUUUCGGAAAACAAAUGUAAAUGUGGUUGUCUUAGAAACGCUGUAAAUCCUAUAAUACAACUCGCUCAUUAUAUUGACAGAUUAAUCCAGGACAUUGAAGAAAUAAACUAAUAAACCAA